AGUUAGCGUGGUAUUGGUGCAAUAUGUGAAUCUCAAUCUCAACUCAAAGAAUAGUGUCAAAUGACGUUUUUUACUUACAAAAUUCGUUUCAAACGGUGAAUUUAUAUCUUGAAAAUGAGUGGUGUUUUAAAAAAGUGAUUAAAAUGAAGGUUAUCGUAUUAAAAUCGGGUAAAUUUCGCAACUACACGGUGUUAUUCUCGUAAAAACAAGUGUUUUCGGACGUAAACAUGCAAGAAAAUAACAGAGGAGGGGAGAGACCGAAAAUUGCACCGAAACCGUCGAUUCCGUCUAAACCGCGAUACGUUCCUCCUGUUAAAAUUCAACAACAACAAAGAAUUAGUCAAAACGAUAAUGCUAAUUUACAGAAAAAAGAACCGAAACUGAUUCAUAAGGAAUUGACUAGAGCUAGAGAUUUCCAAAAUAUUCCACCAUCUGGAAUCAAAACUGAUUUUAAGGAAUAUACAACGGAAAAAAAUGAUUUUAAAACUGACCCCAAGCACAAAGGUAUUGAAACUAAUGUUAAAUAUGAUACUUUUGCGGCAACCUAUAUAAGUGAAAAAUGUGAUAAACUUACUACUAAUUUAGAUUCGUUCAAAAAAAUUGAAGAUAUUCCGCAUAAAGCACCACAGUCGCCUAGCACAGUAUGUUGCAGCAUUUUAUCAAACGCUACGACGGAAUGUUGCGGUAUGAUAAAUAUUAACAAAAAGGAAUUGAAUGACAAGUCGAUGACAAAAGUAGAUUCAGUAGACUCUAACUCAUCAGACUCAGGAGGGUUUAAAGAUUUUGUACAAUUAGACAUCACAAAAAAACUAUCGCCCGAACUAGAAAAACAACCGUUAGAAUCCCAUCAGUUGCAUCAAAGAAAUAUUUCGCAAUUAGAACUAUUGGAAAUGAGAAAUGAGCUGAAGCAGUAUUCUCAUGAUAGAAAAUCGUCACUGUCUGAUUUCAAGUCGCCCGAAGUUAGACAAUCGUUUUCUCAAAAUAAACAAAACUUCGUCGCAAAUGCACAAGCUUUAGUACAAUUUCUACCCCAAACAGAGCAACAAUAUUUCCAAAAGCCACCUCAGAACAUCGAACGUACAGAAAAUUUCCACCAGCACAUUGCAAAGUUUAGCUCAAAUCUUAAUAAGACUGAAGAGUCAAAAGUAAAGCCAAAACCGAUUAUAAAACAGGGUCAAUUUCAGCAAUCAACGAAAAAAUUGGAAGAACUGCUUUUACAACGAUAUGAAAAAGAAAAAGUGUUAAGAAAAAAUUCUGGCUAUUUAACUGAUGGGGAAUCCAGUCAGGAUAUUGAACAGAAAAUGUCCAUUCAGAAACAGAUUCAACAGAAAUUACAGGCCGAUCUUCAGCAAACCGUAAAACAAAUUCAAGAAAUCCAAAGUAUAGAAUUGAGAUUGCCCCAGAAUAGGAAAUGGUCCGAGAGCAACAGAAGUCAACCUGCCAUUGGACUAAAACAUACUCCAAAAUCUAGGCCCACAAUUUUCGGUACAGUAGCAUCAGACCUCACACCAAAAGACUGUUCAAAUAGAAGGAGCUUACCUCAAACUCCGCAAACAAAAAGUUUUGCCAAUAUAUUCAACGGGGAAGCUGGUCAAGACGGAUCUGCGGAGUCUACUUUCCAACAAGAAAAUGCUCUGGUCUACCGAGACGGAAAUCUAAUCUCCGGCCCAUUGGAUGCAUUAAUCCAACAUAUGGUACCUACCGAUCAGUAUUACCCAGACAGAGCUUACCUGUUCGCGUUUCUAUUGUCGUCCCGAUUAUUCAUCAAACCCCACGACCUUUUGGCCAAAGUUCGAACGUUGUGCGAGACGCAGCAGGGUCUCGCAGGCAAACCCACAGGAAGUACGGCGCAGACACGGUUUGCGGAACAUUUGGUCCAAUUGCUGGCCGAAUGGACAGAGACGUUUCCUUAUGAUUUCAGGGACGAAAGAAUGAUGGAACAUGUCCGAAAAAUAACUCAACAGUGCUGUGCCAUUAAUUCCACCCUUAGAGCCAACGUAUCAGCUCUCCUUCAUAAUCUCCAUCCUAGACUGACUGCUCUAGAAGCUUAUGAAAAGUCUUUUGAAAAUCAAUGUACGAACGCUGAUGAGAAUUUCACAGAUAUAUCUGAGAUUUGUUCUAAUCCAGCAACAUUAGCCCAACAAUUAACCCACGUGGAAUUAGAAAGACUGUCUUUCAUCGGGCCUGAAGAAUUUGUACAAGCCUUUGCUAAGGAAAAUCCGAAUUUGGAGACUUCUUUCAAGGAUAUGAAGAAGACUCAUAAUUUGGAACAGUAUGUUCAAUGGUUCAAUAGGCUAAGUUAUUUUGUGGCUACACAAGUUUGUAAAUAUCAAAAAAAGAAGAUGAGGGUCCGCGUAGUAGAAUAUUGGAUAGAGACUGGAAGAGAAUGUUUCAAUAUUGGAAAUUUCAACAGUCUAAUGGCCAUUAUAGCUGGGCUUAAUAUGUCGCCAAUAUCCAGACUUAAAAAGACGUGGAGUAAGAUACAUUCUGGGAAAUUUGCUAUUUUGGAACACCAGAUGGAUCCCAGUAGUAACUUCAGUAGCUAUAGAAGUACAUUGAAAGCAGCAAUGUGGAGAAGUGAAGGAGCAACAGAUCAAAGACAAAGAAUCGUCAUUCCCUUCUUCAGUUUAUUGGUUAAAGAUCUAUAUUUUCUCAAUCAGGGAUGUUCAAAUAGAUUACCGAACGGCCACAUAAAUUUCGACAAAUUCUGGCAACUAGCAAAACAAGUUACUGAAUUCAUGGCUUGGAAGCAAGUAACUUGCCCAUUCGAAAAAGAUGCAAAAAUAAUAAAUCUUCUGCAACACGGCCCUAUAUUAAACGAGAAUGCCCUAGCUUUAGCCAGUUUCGAAUGUGAACCACCCGAUAACAAUCAAGAAAAAGAGAGAUGCAAAACACUUAAAGCUGACCCUUCUGCCAAUUAAAGGGGACCUGAACCUUAUAUAAGGAGAUUUAUUUCAUUUCAAAUUUUAUUGCCAAUUUAAUAUUUAGCAAAAGUUAGAUUUAACUGCUUUUAUAUAUUUCUGUUCAAGUGAUCAUACAUUUAAUUUAAGGUUAAUUGACUUCUUUGAGGUUAAACAUUUUCAACACAAUUCUAGUACAAAUUUUCAUUCUUUUGUGUUUGAACGGACUCCAAAAUAAUUUGAGUCAUGUUCUCAAAGUUUAUAUCCAUAAGAAGACAUUGAGAAUCAAAAUAAACUCCUAUUGCUGUGCUUCGAUUUAAUGAUAAAAAGGGACUUUUCUUAAAAAAUUAUUGCCACAAUACUGAAUAUCAACAAUUUAAAAUCACAAUAAAUUUAUUAGCACAAACCAAUUUUAAUUAUGAAAGUAAAACCGGUAGUCAGUUAAUCAAUACCUGUUGUUGAUUAAUAUAUCCGGCGAAUAUUUAAAUGAAAUGUGAAUAUCAGAGAUUCAAUUUGAAGACAUUAAAGCAACUCUACAUAUAAAUAGAACAAACUGCAGGAUCAGCACACCACAAAAACUAACUAUGAGUUUUCUCAUUUUAAUAAUUACAAUAUUAAGAUUGAAAUUUGUACAAUCAGACAUUAAAACUGGACAAACCAUAUAUCGAUAAAAUAAGCAAAUGUAGUGGGUAGCUAUGAGAAGAAUAUUAAUUAAAAUUUUUGGAACAAAAUUUAAUCAUAAGUUUUUAUCUAGGAUCAUUCGUAGUAAAUGUUUAAGUAUCAAAUAUUAAUAUUUUAUCUUGGAUUUUGAAUAUUCAAUUAUUCUACACCGUUCGAUGUAGUUUUCAACGUUAUAUUAACGUUAAGAGUAGAAUUGUGUGAAUAUUCUUUAACUCACAAAAUGCCAAUUGUAGUAUUGCAAAUUAGGUUUGUUAACAUGUUAAAUCUAACUCCUGCAAAUUUAUAUUUUUAAAUAGAAGUGAUGAAAUCAAUCAAACUUUAUUUUAAACAUUUAUUUUCUAUACAAAAUGUUAUUGUUGUAAAUUAUGUGUUGCUUUCUUAUUAUAUUCCAAUAUAUUUAAUUUUUGUAUAUAAUUAUGUAUAAUUUCUCAUUCAUUCAAAACGAAUUUUAUUUUUUUAUUAAAUAUUCAAUAUUACUACUACUUUUUAUGCCUAUUGUGAUUUUUUAAUGUUUGAAUAUAAUUAAUAUUGUGAUUCAAAAGCACAAGUUAUGUUCCUUAAAUCUGUAAGUAUGCGUGUCCAUGGGUUUGAUGGAUUCUUUUGCUAUGCCACCAAUGUCAAAUUUCAUUGCUACUCAUUCUUAGAUAAAUAUCAACAAUAAUUUCAUAUGAAGAUUUAAAUUGUAAAAAUGAACAAAUACCUAUUACAGUCUUUCUUGCCUAUUAAUUACAAUACCAAUCUAAGUGAAAUACUCAUAGCACAUAAUGAUCUUAUUUGGAUUCUUACUAAACUCUCCUCACUAGUUUAAUAAUUAAUGUAUCCCUUCACACAUAUAAGCAAUCCAAGAAUUUUCUAUCUUGGAAAAAAUGAUUUCGUGCUAUUUUUUAAAUACAAUCCUAUAAUUUUCUAGAUAGAAGUUUCUUACACUCAUUACAAUUAUACACUUAGACUAAUAAUGUUCCACGUCCACACUAUAAUCUGCUUCAGUACUUCGUUUAAUUCUUAUUAAUUAUCACGCAUGGCUUUGUCCUUUUGAGCCUACUCGCCUAAUUAGUAUCAAGAUAGGAUAAUCUCCAUAAACACAUAAUCUUAGAACUGAUCUUCGUGAUCCUUGGCUUAUGGUUGUAUUCAACUUUCAUUGCAUUUUUUCCAGUAAGAAUUUGUACAUCAGGAUUUGAGAAUGAUUGAUGCUGUGAACUCAUUUCACAAUCAAAGCUUGGUUUUCUUAUUAUUCUUACCUAUAUUAUUUACUUAUAGUUUCUUUGUUUUAUUUAUAAACAUCUUUUACUACUUUGAAAUUGCCUUGCCAAACUAAUUUUCUAAAUAUUUGUCAUCAGCAACAAUCCGCUGUAAUUAGGCUUGUUGAUAUUUGAAACUCAUUUUAUUAUUGCUUAAUAGUUAGUAUCUGACAUUGGGGUAUGCUUUUUUAACAUAAUUUAAUUUUAUAGUUGACGUAACAAGUGUUGAAAAUGUAUUUAUAAUAGUGAUUUGAUAGUUUUACGUGUAUGAAAAUUUUCUAAUAUUUUAUAUUUACGAACCAACGUCAUAUUGAAGAAACUACUUAAUUUAUAAAGAAAAUUAUGAAAAAAAAUGUUUUUGUACCUACCAAUUUGUAAUAAUUUUGUACCUCAGUGUUUUUACAAGUAUUUAUAGAAACUAUAUAUUGUACUUAAAGUAAACUAUUGACCAAUGUAGUAACAGUUCUUCCGAAUUACCAAAUAGUUAUUUAGAAGUGAUUGGUAGUUUCAAAUGUAUCUUGAUUAUAUAAAAUUUCAAAUCAAUCAGAAUAAGUUGAAAUUUGAUGAUACACUCAUAGUUUUCUACACACAAACAAUUACACAGUUUGACGCGUGCUUCGAGAACUAGAUUAUCAUCUUCAGAUACCAAAGAUCAAAGUUAACAUUCAGUCUCUGAUUUUUAGUCACACAGUGGAAUCGUGACUAUUAUUAUUUUCAGUAUUGUUCAAUCAUGGACAAACUAGAAGGGAAGUAUCACAAAUAAUUACCAUUAUUGUAUCAGUAGUAGUAUAAUAAUACUAUAAUUGAUAAGUUUUUCCAAUACUUGAGUUUGAGAAAUGUAUCAAUAAUUGAGUGAAUCAUUCAAUGAUCUAAUUUAUUGAAUACCAAACAUGUAUUUUCCACUUCUGUAUAACUAUUUGUUUUAUGAUUCCUACAUCUAGAACUGACCUGUAUUAAUCACAUUUGUUACAAUAAUUUUAUACACAUUGGCUACAACAGUAUCUGUUUACAUCUUUAAUUAUGGUAAACAAGAAUUUCUGAAAAUAAAAUGUUCUAUUGAUUAUGAAAUUGUAAAUUAGGUUAAUUCGUUAGGAUUUGAUUUUUUCUUAGUAUGUAUAUUUCAUAUUGAAAACUUUCAAUUUAGAAACGUCAUUUCAUUAUUUAUGCCAGUGAUAGUGAUAAGUCUUAAACUACCUUUUUAUUUAUGAUCCAGUCAAAGCAUCUCAUACUUUAUUCAGCCAUGUGAGUCUAAUGAAAUAUUUAUUAAGGAUUUACUAUUACUGUAUCAUUAAUUAAUUAGUUGUAGUUGGUAUAUUUUUAUGCAAAAUUCUGUAACAGAUGUGAUUUUAUGUUUACUAAUGCGCGCAUAGUAAUGUAAAUAUACUUCUUGCUUGUAUCGCUGCACACACUACAUUUUAGAUAUUAAAAAUUGAAGACUUAAUUUUGUCAGUAUUCUAGUCAUUAGGUAAGAAUUGCAUUGCUAACUAAAUAAUGCGUUGUAGCUAUUUAUAUGUAAAAAAUAUUUGUAUUUACAAAAAUUGUUUUAUCAAUAAACAAUAUCAAGUAUCAA